CAUAGCUGAAGUUUUUCAAUUGUCCUUACGAUACAAUUAUGGGGAAGAAAAUUCAAUCAAAGAAAAAACGCGACGUCGCCGAAACGAUGUGCCGAAAGGAUAAUGCUGAUAAUGAUACGACAGCACUAAAACGAACCUUUGGCUUUGGUGAUAUGUUCAGCAAUAUCGUAGGCUGGAAGUUUAGCUACGACUGGAAAAGUAAUCCGAGGCAUUGGUUUACGUGCAGCUUGAUUGCUUUCCUAUGGGCUCAAUGCAUUUACUCGCAAAUCAAAUUCUUUGUGAAUGGUGAAUAUGGGAGAAUUUUUGAAGUGUUUGCUUUGUAUGGUAUUUGUACAACGUUUGCCCAGAAGCCUUGGAUAUUUAUGAAACACUACAAGGCAUUGGCGGCUCUACGCAAUUUCAGUUUUGAAAUAACUCGAAAAGCUGGCCGGCAUAUGACUGAAAAACUCGACAACCAGCAACUUACCAUUGUAAAACUAUGCAAAUUACUUCUAUUUGAAGCGGUUCUCGUAGAAGUAGCUUUUUCAUACUAUCCAAUGUCGCAGUUGGUUCAUAAUAGAAGACUUGUUCCACUUCUACCCAUAGAAGUGAUAUUUUUGGAUCAGACGAAGUUGUCUGAUUUCUUAAUUGCAAAUGCAAUAACCACAGUUGCGGGUCUGUGGUGUUUGUUCACAUAUUUGAGUAUUUUCUGUAGCUUUUUGAUGGCAAUUUUUAAUUGUUCGACGCAAGUGGAUCUUAUUGAAGAUGAUUUCAGACAAUUAGAUGCACUUUGGAGUCACAUGAAGACCACAACCUUGGUUCAACGACAAAUGUUUUUGAGGAACAUUUGUCAGAAAUGUCAGGAUAGGGAUAACUUCAUUGACGAAGUCAAAAGAAUUUUCGACGGACCAAUUUUUGUCUACUUUUGUGUUGCUUACAUGGCGCAGGUCGUUUGUCUUUAUGAAAUUCAAAUGAAAAAUUGGAUGUCGGGUUAUGCAUUUGCGAUUGGUGGAUUUUUCGAAAUGUUGUUGUAUUGCCUUAUUGGGACUGAGAUUUCUAAAAAAAACGAACGACUUUACUACGUACUAACACAGUGCAAUUGGUAUACAUACGACAUCUGCUCGCAAAAAAUAUUUCUAAAUUUAUUGAAUUCAUGCAUGAACGCCAAGGAGUUGUGGAUUGGACCUCUAGCACCGUUGUCGGUUAUUACGUGGAUACAGAUGGUGAAAAGCAUUUACUCGUAUUACACGUUUUUGUCGGAGGUUGUGUAAGCAGUGGUUAAAGCCGAUUAGUCAG